ACACUUUAUUCUCUGCCCUCCCCCUCCUCGCGCGUGCGCUGCCCGCCGGCACGCCUUGUCCCCAGUCCCCGGCCCCUUUCGGCCAUCCCGUGGCUGGCGCCGGCUGCCCGUCUAACUAUAGUAGUCCCUGGGCCUGUGCGCCGUCGCAUCCACUCUACUCUAGCAACGACUACCCAGGCAUUGCUCCCAUUGCGCUCGCCACACUUGCGGCAUUCCAGUAGCGACCGUCGCGCUUCAGCUGCCCACUCGUCGCACGCCCCUGCAGCGCGUCCGCACCGCUAGCAUGACCCUAUCUCCCGCGAGCUCGACGCCGAGCAUUCGGAUAUAUGACUCUGGGUCGCUCCACCGCUAUCCGCUGCCACACCACCGCCGCCCCUCCUACGCAAGCCCGUCUGGAGCCAUGGCGAUUCCGCGGGCGCGCGAAGAAGUGCCACCGCCCUUACCUCCGCCCCGUUACAUUGGCGAGGAGCUCAGCGAGGGCCAGGAUCCCGGCUGGCAAUGGGGUAACACGAACUCCCCGAACGACACUGGCUUUGGCGGGAAUCGGCCGGUGGCAGUGAAGCCCGGCUCGAGCUUGCUGGGUGGAGCUGUUCCCGGCCGCGUGCAUCCGCGGGACCGAGCUGGCGAGCAUGUCUUCAGUGCGCGUGCGCGCGAGCCCUCGACCUCCAGGUCCCUCGACGACAUGAGCUCGCAAGGCAGCUUGGAGCACAGUGACGAAGACCGCGGCGGCAAGUCGCGGCCGACGCUCGCAAAUCACAGAUUAACGAGCGAGCGACAGCUAGGGCAGAAGGCGCUCGAGAACUCGUCCCACGCCUACGAUAAGCAGCUCCUCUCGAAAAUCGGUGGUCCCAAUACCCCCACAAGGACGACCGCGCCUCCCCUCUCAGCAAGCGCGCAAGAAUCCGCUCCGAAAGCCCACACCUCGUUCAACAAUCUCAACGGCCAGCUCAAGCCACUAUCCGUGCCCGAGCGACUACAUCCCUCGCUCGACUCCCCGGCGUCAACAAGGUGGCCUCCGUCUGGAGCGAUAUCGCCCGGAUUUUCAGGCUUCCGCAGCCCUGUCUUUGACCCUGGGUCUGCGGACCCUCACCAGCGGAGGUUUGGCAGCAUUUCGACGUCGGGGACACUAGACGACGUCGCCUCCCAACAUCGUGGAAGCUACGACCACAGCAUCUUCUCCGAAUCCGAGUUUGGAAUGGAAGAGAGCGGAAUGCGCGACCUGAACAUCAAUGACCGCAGCCCACCCGGAUCCGAGGAGUAUCAGACUGGGCCAAAGGGCGGCCUGAAACGGCGUGCUUCAUCGCCUCCUUCGGAAGCCGCGCGUGAGGAUCGUCCCACCGCAAGUGGCAACACUGACUUGUAUCACCGGCGUUCUGCCCAGAUGCUGGUCAGCCGCAACUCGCCAGUAUCGCGAUUUCACGUGAACCAAGGGUCGUUGUCGUCGGUCAACUCAUCUCUUAGUCAACGCACAGCUUCGUUCGCUAGCUCGUAUGGCUUUUCUGCGGCAAGUAGCAUGACCAGUUAUAGUGGGGAUCAACGUCUCUCGCCAAGCGCACUGUCCCCCCCUGCGGAGGCGGAACUAGGCCCUGUCUCGCCAUAUGCAGCUAGCAGGUCACUAAAUCCUAGCCCGCGUGGUUCAUUAUCGAGACCACACCACCAGCGAGGCCUCUCCGAGAACGAACAUUCCCAGAUUCGCAAGAUGUCCACGGACAGCAUCCUUCAAUCUCGACAAAAUUCCGUUACUAGCCGCCUUCCAGGAGCGUACAUCUGCGAGUGCUGCCCCAAAAAGCCGAAGAAAUUCGACAGCGAGGAAGAGCUACGAGUCCACGAGCUGGAAAAGCAGUACACUUGCCAGUUCUGCCCCAACAGGUUCAAGAACAAGAACGAGGCCGAACGGCACCAGAAUUCGCUCCAUCUUCGGCGUCACUCGUGGUCGUGCGCUGCGCUCGCGGGCGUGCACGCGGCCUUCCACCCCUCCGCAACCCAUUCGGGCGUAGCCGACGUCUGCGGUUAUUGCGGUGAGGAGUUCCCACUUCCCGCGAAUUGGGACGCUCGGACCGAACAUCUGAAUCACGUGCACAAGUUCGGCGAGUGCAACCAAGCCAAGAAAUUCUUCCGCGCCGAUCAUUUUCGACAACAUUUGAAGCACAGCCAUGCUGGCACUAGCGGGAAAUGGACGAACAUGCUCGAGAACGCGUGUAUGAAGGACGAACCUCCACCAAAGGAGCGCGUUGGCUCGAUAAGUUCCAUCGCGAACGCCUCCACGGCUCCUCUUGCACCCAAACCUGGCGUUAUUAACGAAGUACACGAUGAAUCAUGAGGCGUUGGGUGGCUGGGCAUGAAUUGUGUUGAGCGAAGCAUCUAAGCAUCAUUGGUUGCGGAUGGCAUAUGCUGCCGUGUUUUUACGAAGUUUUCCGUUUCAGCGCCUCCUGCAGAGCAUAUUCCUUGCUGCGAAGCCCCCUGGAGUGGGUUGGCUUGCGUCUCAUCUUCUUGUUAUCUGCAUUCGCCAUGUCUUGCGUCCACCAAAAUCUGCGUCUGCUUUCAGUUGGCCAUCAUUGGAUAUCAUGGCAGCUUGGCACAGCUUGCUUUUCAAUACUCACGA